UCGGCUGUAUCUCGCUGAAUAAAAGUAUUGCUGUAUCAACUGUAGCAAAUCAUAUAGUGCCAUCUCUUGGUGUAUUGGAAAUCUCGCGGUUUUCAUUUAGUGUUUGUUCAGUUAUUGUUAACGGUGAUGACAGUCAAGCAAAAUCAUUAGUAGUCCACAGGACGGCCAACGUUGAACAUUCAUUUCAAAGAAUGUUAUAUUCUACUAUUGAAUAGUACCGUAAAAUAUCCGGAUUAACAAAAUAUCGUAUAAUGCUACAAAUGGCCGAACCGUUACAUAUUCUACAGGAUGGAAGAAGCAUUAACAAUGCGACGUCAUAUAAUGACAGCUGUACGGAUGGAACAUGUGCGCCAUCAUACGACCAAUCCUUUGCUACGAUGGUCAAAGUAGAGACUAUAUGCCUACCAGUAAUAUGUGUGUUAGGCCUUAUUGGCAAUAGCCUGUCAACGAUAACCUUCCUCAGGAAACCACUUCGAGAUGCGCCAUGUUCCCUUUACCUAGCAACGCGUGGAAUAAGUGACAAUGGCUUUCUCCUUAGUCUGUUUCUUGUUUGGGUUUCAAGCACGUUCAACUUAAAACUCAGUCAAGUCAAAGGAGUAUGUCAGUUAACAAUCUUUAUGACAUAUGUGUGUGGAUGUGUGUCGGUAUGGUUAUGUGUAUUCAUUACUACAGAAAAUUUCUUGCUUAUACACAAUCCUUACGUUGCCCGACGAGUGUGUUGCAAUCAAGUUGCAAGAAUAUGUAUUAUAGUUGUGCUUCUGUUGGCAUUUGGUGUUUAUAACAUUUCACUGUGGAUAAUCAACGAAGACUGCUCCCACAAUCCGAGUUUCUCAUUACUGACGCAAGUCCUUGUAUAUUCAGAUACUUUGUUGACAUUAGUUAUACCUACCGUUAUAAUAUUUGUGUUGCUGUCUAUGAUAGCUUACAAAAUGAUGAAAAUAAUACAUGUACGUAGGUUACAUGACACUGUUUUAGAGAGACUUACCCAAGAGAAGCAAAGGCCAAAGAAAAUACUUCCGAUAGCAAAAGUAACGAAGAUGUUGUUUGUUGUUUCUGUUACAUUCUUUGCAUUGAAUGUACCUAGUCACGUGAUGAGACUAAUGUUGCUUAUCGGAUCGUUUACGAAGGGAGCAAGGACAGCUCCCGUUGUACAAGCAACGAUUCAGGUUUCAUUUCAGUUGAUAUACUAUAUGAGUUUCUCUGUUAAUAUUUGUGUGUAUGCUCUGUUUGGCUCAAACUUUAGAAAAUUGUUUAUAAAAACAUUUUGUAGACACAAGAAUAGGAGCAGGUCAAGAUUUAUACAAACUGAGGCAAUAAAUCUUGUCCGCCGUCGGAGUCAUACUAUCAACAUAUGCCUUGCUGAAAAAAGCAACGGUGCUUUCGUAACAAUAUCCCAAGACGAAAAACCAUUUGAUAGCUGAAUCCUCUUUGUUAUUAUAUAAAACUAUAUAAACAAUUGUUAUUAAAUAAAGCAUUU